UAUGACCCCCGAGGAGAGAGCAGGGAGGAGAUAUUUGUCUUAAGGAGCAACUGUGAACACUGUUUCUCAGGUUGCACAACACCUGAUGUUGAUUUUGGAACUGUCACCUUCAGUACUAUGGUACAAAGCAGGUGAAGGAAGACAGUGAAGAGGUUUUAUGCUGGCACCAGCCCUCUGCUGUCAUAGCCAGCUAGAGAGACACCUCUGCAGAUACCAGUGACCUGGUGUAAUCUAGUCCUCAGAUAGGGGACAUUGGCAUCAGCAUCAUUUGAACAUCAACAGACUGGAUUAAGAAAUAAGAACACAAUCAACGAACCCGUAUUCAUCCAGUCUUGGUGAGAGAGGUAAACGUGAACCUUUGUGGGCCGCACUGGGUCUUUUCAUGACUGGACCUUGUUAGGUGAGUUGGUGAAAUCUAAAAGUGGAGGCACUUCUCAUGGAUUCCAACAUACCGGGGUCUUUUCUGUUCAACAACAGCCUGAACCAGUUCUCCUCGGACUUAAAGGCGCCUGUGUGUCAGUACUCAGUGCCCAACUCCUACUACAAGCUAAACCCAGGCCUGAACAGCCAGCUGCAGGCAGCAGGCACACCCCACGGCAUCAGUGACAUCCUCAGUCGUUCCAUGAUGGGUGCUACGGGCACUACCACCCUGCUCUCUGGAUACCCUACCAUGGGGGGCUUUGGCACUGUGGCCACCCCGGGGGUCUACUACAACCGUGCAGACUACAACCCCUCACUGGGCGGCUUCACCAAGCCUGGCGCUGAGUGCCCCGUGAAGGGUCGCAGUGGCAGCUGCUGGGUAGAGAGUGGGUACGAGUGGAGAGGAGGGAGGCAGCAGUGCAAUAACAACAUUGGGCAUCUAGAGGAUAUUUCAGGCAGGAAGAAGCACACCAGACCUACAUUCAGUGGACAUCAGAUAUUUGCCCUGGAGAAAACCUUUGAGCGGACCAAGUACUUGGCUGGGCCAGAGAGAGCUAGACUGGCCUACUCCCUGGGCAUGACAGAGUCACAAGUCAAGGUGUGGUUCCAGAACCGCCGCACCAAGUGGAGGAAGAAGAGUGCCUCAGAGCCCAGCUCCACCCAGGCGAUGCGGGGUGAGCAGGGAGGGGAGGCCUCGGAGAACGAGGUGGAGGAUGAGGAGUACAACAAGCCUCUGGAUCCCGACUCGGACGACGAGAAGAUACGACUGCUGCUGCGCAAACACCGCCGGGCUUUCUCUGUACUCCGCCUUGGACCACAUCACGUCUGACACAUAAACACAAAAGCUGCCACGCACACACGCACACAGACACACACGCACACAUCAGAUGUGCAUGUUUUAGCAAGGGGUAGCAUUAAACACAUUUUGUAGUACAGACAGACACACAACUAAAUAUUCAAGCAUGUUCAAAAUAAGGCACAUUUAUAAUACAGUAAGUUUAAGGAGAAAAAAGGGUAACGGUUCACGUGAAGUGAUGCCUUGACGUACCAUAUUUGUAACCAUAAUGGAAACAGAGGGAAGAUGUUACCAUUAAAUGAUGGGUGAAACAGUUUAAAUUGAAAAUAGAAUUCAUCAAUGACAUUCAAUGAGGCAAAUGGUUAACUGUUAUGUAGGAAACCCAUCAUGACCUAUUAUCCUCAGCUGCACCAUGAUGGUUGCAUCAAACGUGAAAGGAAAUAGUUUCUCAUGUGUACAUACACAUUAUAGCAGACCAAAGCUAAAUAGAUAUGUAAACCAUGGAUAACGCAGUUGACAGUACCUGUUUUAUUUGAGUAGAAUAAACACUUCAGGUCAAGGACUUUUUAUUUCAGUUCAUCAAAUGAAUUUGCUUGUUGUACUCUUAAUAUUGAAUGUCCAUUUGAACUUGUUUCAGUCAACUGCUGUACCACGAACAGAAUAUUUCUAUUAUUAACUCUGAUUCAUUUAAUUGAGAGCCUGGCAAUGCUGUUUUUUUUUUAACACUGGCGUUGAGGGUACACAUAUCAAGAUAAGUCUUGACCUUUUAUUUUGACUAAUGUGUUAGCUAAUGUCAUGCAGACAUGCAAGCUUUCCUGACAUUUGAGGGUUUCUGCGCAUCCAAAUUAAGUUGCAUAAGGAUAAUGUAAAUGAAUGAUGACAUUUUUAAUUGUACAAUAAAUUAUUGUGAAUUAUUUAUUGAAUACAAUGGUACAAUGAUUGUGUCAUGCCUUGGUUUUUCAGUAAUUGUUUUCAUAUAAAAGACAACAAUCCCCAAACAAACAACUUAUACUGUGCUGUAUCUAAACAGACAUUGAAGUCUAUAUCAGCAAUAGAGUUGUUAAUACAUUAAAAGCGACAGUUUAGACAGAUGGUGGGUAGAAAGGCACAAUCAUUGAGUAGAAGUGAGGGGUCAAAGGCCAAUCCCAAGGUGAUCUAUGUAGUUACCAGGGUGCUGGAAUUGGACUGGCUGAACUGUUCUGUGUAGAAGACAAAGCCAUCAGACCCAUCCACGCCAUCACAAAAUCAAUGCUACUAUUCUAUUUCAUUCACUAAUUGAAUAUCUCUCACCCCUGGCCCCUGUAGCUCAGUGCUGUUUGUCAUUAGGACAGAUGCUACGGAAG